CAUAGCUUAUUCUGCAAAUGGAAUUUCCUCAGUUGUCACUGAAUAUGUUAAAAGCUAAGAUGAUUUUGUUUAAACAUAGACAGUCCAUUCAAACUAAGCAAACCAUCUCUGCUGUUGAAGACCUUAUGAUAAAUGGUCCAAGGCGCCAUAACAACCUGCUUGCCAGAGAGGGGAGUCGAGAGCUCUGCUGGGAACUACAUGGUGCUCAAUUUUUCAAGAUGUCGUCGUUGGAGCAGAGGCUGUCGCGAAUCGAGGAGAAACUAAAGCAGGAAAAUGAAGACGCUCGCCGGAGAAUCGACCUUAACAUCGACAUGAGUCCGCAGCGACCUCGUCCGAGGCCAAUCAUCGUGAUCCAGCUCAGUCCUGCUCCAGCCCCUUCCCAGCGUGCAGCGCUCCAGCUGCCGCUGGCCAAUGAUGGAGGCAGCCGUUCAUCAUCUUCAGAGAGCUCCCCUCAGCACCACCCCUACCCCAGCCGCCCGCGACACAUGCUCACCCUGCCCACGCCUCCAUACGGCCUGCAGAAAAGCUUAGAGAAUGCAGAGAUCGACCAGAAAUUGCAGGAGAUUAUGAAACAGACGGGUUACCUGAAGAUCGAUGGUCAGCGGUAUCCAGCGGAGGUGACGGACCUGAUCAGUGAGGGGGAGAUCGGCAGCGGGACCUGUGGACAGGUCUUUAAAGUGCGAUUCAAGAAGACCGGCCAUGUCAUCGCUGUCAAACAAAUGCGUCGUACAGGAAACAAGGAUGAGAACAAGAGGAUCCUGAUGGACCUGGAUGUGGUGCUGAAGAGUCAUGACUGCCCUUACAUCAUCCAGUGCUACGGCGCCAUAGUUACCAACACGGAUGUAUUCAUUGCCAUGGAGCUGAUGGGAACGUGUGCUGAGAAGCUGAAGAAGAGAAUCCAGGGCCCCAUCCCAGAGCGAAUCCUUGGAAAGAUGACAGUGGCAAUAGUGAAGGCGUUGCUCUACCUGAAAGAGAAACACGGUGUCAUCCACCGAGACGUCAAACCCUCCAACAUCCUCCUGGACGCUAAAGGUCAGAUCAAACUGUGCGACUUCGGCAUCAGCGGACGCCUCGUUGACUCCAAGGCCAAGACCCGCAGCGCCGGUUGUGCUGCCUACAUGGCGCCUGAGAGAAUAGACCCUCCAGAUCCCACCAAACCUGACUAUGACAUCCGAGCAGACGUGUGGAGCCUUGGCAUCUCUCUGGUGGAGCUGGCCACGGGACAGUUUCCCUACAAGAACUGCAAGACAGACUUUGAGGUUCUGACCAAAGUGCUGCAGGAAGAUCCUCCUCUGCUGCCCCUCGGCAUGGGUUUCUCCCUGGACUUCCAGUCCUUCGUCAAAGACUGCCUCACAAAGGAUCACAGAAAAAGGCCAAAAUACCACACGCUGCUGGAGCAUAAUUUCAUCCGCCGUUACGAGGUGUUGGAGGUGGAUGUGGCCGGUUGGUUCCAGACGGUGAUGGAUCGCACCGAGUCGCCUCGCAGCAGCCAGUGUUACAGCCAUCAGCACCAGCUCCACUCGCUCUUCAGUAGGUAGCCUAGCCCAGCCCGGCGUUAGCUUAGCCUGACGCUAGUCUUGCCUAGCUUUAGCUUUGCCAAGCCCAGACAGUCUGUCCUAGUCAAGCCCAGCGUUAGCAGCUAAGCAUAGCGUUAAACUCAGCCCGCCUGUCCAUCAGUCCACCGGAGAACCUGAAGAGCCCAGGGAGGAGGGGGAGAGACGGAGACUUGAUGGAGUGAUGGACGGAGACAUGGACUGAUGGAUGGAUGGAUGGAUGACACAGGUGGUUCUGUUUAUCAGUGUGUUGAAUCUGGACAGGCAGACAUGGGAAGGAGGGGGAGAGAAAAAGGUGCACACUGCAGUUAGCUUCAUUCAUUUACACACUGUUGCGUCUCGUCACACUAUCAUAUCACGUCACAUCACUGUGUGUAACAGCCACACACACACUCACAUACAAACUGUGUGUGUAUCUUGUAUGUGUUUCUACAUUUCGUCCACUUGUCAUUAGUUUCUCACCUACAUGUCUAUCUCCAGCAUUGAUCCAAGCCGUUGGAGAAGUCAACAGAGUAGUCACUACACUGGAUUAAAGCAUCUGCUACAUUAGCAAACCUGAAACUCUAUUGUACAUAAACGUUCUGGAGGGCAACAAUGUCCUGUGCAAUUAUGAUUCUUCAGGUGUUUCUAUUAUCACACAUUCUCAGGCUGUGUGUGUGUGUGUGUGUGUGUGUGUGUGU